AUGAUAUGCGCCAACACAUACCCGGCCAACUCUGAGUCCACACCGGACACGUUCAUCAGCGCUCUCUCCGUUAGGCCACUGAAACAGGUCGAGAGUAUAUUCAAGCCGUACCGGUAUAUGAAGGCCUCUAAGUUUGUGCAGCAUCUGGUGCUAUGGGUGUGUCGACACCCGGACCCGAGUAUAUUUGAUCAGCACUCGACCUCCCGGGGCGUCGACUGUACGGACAUGAGUGACUUGCCCUCGGAGUACAAACACUGUUUCAACAUAUUCUUCGUGUUGGACAAUCCGGACCAGAUCUUCGAGAGCGGCUACGAUAACGCGCUGUCUAUCGGUGACCAACACUCGCGGUAUCUCAUGAUCAACGCUCGCUUCGACGUCGCGAAGGAGGAGUUCAUUGGCCGCGAAGUGGAGAUUGGGAUGCGUUUGUGGACAACCAAUAACUGGCGGCGCAACGAAUUGCAGCAAUUGAUUACCGGCGCUCACGUCUCGCUCUACGGCAUUAUAAUACCCGCCCGGAAUCGAUGCCAUCGGAAGGGAUAACACUAACCCACGUUUAUCCCAUGUUUAAUCAAUACGGUAAAAAGCGAGUGAUCAG